CUGAUUGGAGUUGCGGCGAUCGCGACUGCCUCCGUGUUCCUGGAGAGCAGCGUGAAUCCAGCCAAUCUCUUCUCCCUGACGCGCGACGAGGCCGGCUCUGCAGCGUCCCUAUCGUGAUAUUUAACACACCCUCCGAGGGUGCAGAACAGAGCGGCGGACCUGAAAAAGGGAGCGGGGAGCACCUGCCGGAUAAGACGACAGUGCUGGGCACAAAACCCGGCUGUGCAGUUGCUGCUGUUAGAUGAAGGUGGGGGAGAACGGGGAGGUCUUCUUUUAAUGGGUAGCUCUCCCGUUGAUGUCUCCUUCCAUUCUCGAGUGGACACUGGCAUCGGCGGCACUGUCACUUUAGAUCAGAUCUGAGCGAGUGGAAAAAGUCAAGUCUGCGGAUCUUCCAGGGUUUACAGUGAAUGUUUUGACGGGCACGCGAGUUGCCGAUCGGGUCGCCUCGAUGCAUGCGCGUGCCCAACGUGAAGAGCUGCUGAUCUGAAGCUGGACCCAGGCUCCGUGCUGAGCGGGAGGAGGAGGAGGAGGGGGAGGAGGAGGAGGAGGAGGAGAACAGCGAUGCUCGAGCUCUCUCGUCGCUCUCAAAUCUCAACAUGGACCGUUUGAGUCCCGCCACGAGCAGUUGCCCGAGCAGCACCGUACCUGACAGGAGCGAGUCCUUGUCCCGCAGCUUUCUUCUGGUGGAACCGAUCGGCGUUGUUUCUCGAGUCUACUAAAGCAAAAAAAAAAAAAAAAGAAAGAAAAAUGACACCUGGCUACUCCGCCCGCCUGGUCUGCCUUUACUAAGCAAUCACGCUUACCUGAGGGGCUCCGCGCAGAGCUCAUAAGGAACGGAGUGCCUGCGACGCAGUCUUUCGAUACCCGAUUCGCGGACCCACCAGCUGUCAUCCCGCUACUUGCACGAGUGUACAGGCACCAUGCUCGGAUACCGAUAGCGCACCUUCGCGUCAGUAUUUAUUUAUUUCAAACUCUAAAAGGUUUCGAAUCUGUCCUCCUCUACAGCAUGAAGAUGAUCGUGCUUCGCCGGUUCAGGGUGCUGAUCGUUAUGGUGUUCCUGGUGGCAUGUACUUUGCACAUCGUCAUCGAUCUGUUGCCCCGGCUAGAGAAGCGGGCGGUGGCCGCCGGAGCUCCGGCAAACCCUGCCGCUGGCAGCGGCUGCUCGUGUGCUCACCGGCCGAGCGACGAGCCGCAAAACUGGGGCAAGCAGCGCACCCGCACCGGCUCCGCUCAGCCCGGCUGGCCCAGCAAGCACACGUUGCGCAUCCUGCAGGACUUCAGCAAUGAGCCCGGCUCCAAUCUCACCUCGCAGUCGCUGGAGAAGAGCCCGGGCUCUGCCGACAAGACCGAGGCUUUCAGGAGGCUGGAGGACUUCGCGCAGUCUGGAGGCCACCUGGUCGGGGACAAGCAGUUCAUUCAGGAUGCGAGCCCAAAAAGGGAGCGCAACGGGGGACCGUCCAAGCUGGGCGCUCUGUUCCAGCACCCUUUGUACCGGAUACCGAUCCCGCGGCUCAGCGAGGACGACACUCUGUUCAACAUGAAUACCGACCUACGCUUCAACCCCAAGGCGGCUGAGAACCAGGAGUGGCCAAACGAAGGCACAGAUGAAGAAGAAUACACCCCGACCGGGGAGCCUUCGGCCGACUCCUACCCAAAUUGGCUCAAAUUCCACAUUGGGAUUAACCGAUAUGAACUCUACUCAAGAGACAGUAUUGUCAUCGAAUCUCUGCUCAAGGACCUGGUGCUGCAAAAAAUCGUCAGUGUAGCAAUGAAAUCAGGGGGCACUCAGCUGAAGCUCAUCAUGACAUUCCAAAAUUACGGGCAGGCGCUGUUCAAGCCAAUGAAACAAACAAGAGAGCAAGAAACCCCACCUGAUUUCUUCUACUUCUCCGAUUUUGAGAGGCACAAUGCAGAAAUUGCGGCCUUUCACCUGGACAGGAUUCUGGACUUUCGGCGGGUCCCUCCGGUGGCAGGAAGGCUGGUCAAUAUGACAAAGGAAAUCCGUGAUGUGACCCGGGACAAAAAGCUUUGGCGGACGUUCUUCAUUUCACCAGCCAAUAACAUCUGCUUCUAUGGCGAAUGCUCCUACUACUGCUCAACAGAACAUGCCUUAUGCGGGAAGCCUGACCAGAUUGAGGGCUCUUUGGCCGCCUUCCUCCCUGACCUGGCAUUGGCAAAACGGAAGACCUGGAGAAAUCCAUGGAGGCGAUCCUAUCACAAGCGCAAGAAAGCAGAAUGGGAAGUUGAUCCAGACUACUGCGAGGAGGUGAAACAGACGCCUCCGUAUGACAGUGGCACCCGACUCCUGGACAUCAUGGACAUGACCAUCUUUGACUUCUUGAUGGGAAACAUGGAUCGCCAUCAUUAUGAGACAUUUGAAAAGUUUGGGAAUGAAACCUUCAUCAUCCACUUGGACAACGGAAGAGGAUUUGGAAAAUAUUCCCACGACGAGACGUCAAUCUUGGUCCCACUCUCCCAGUGCUGCAGGAUACGGAAGUCCACCCACUUACGUCUGCAGCUUCUGGCGAAAGAGGAAUUCAAGCUGAGUGACCUGCUGGAGGAGUCCCUGCUGCAAGAUCGCCUGUCGCCCAUCCUCUACCGACCUCACCUGGAGGCGAUGGACCGCCGGCUGAGGAUCAUCCUGCGAGUGCUCAAUGACUGUAUCGAGAAGGACGGCUACAGCAACGUGGUGGAAAACGACCUGGACAGGGACAUUGCUGACACCAUCACCAGCAAGAGGUAGUGCCGCAAGCCACGGAGCCGACGACUCCAACGCAUCAAAAGCAAAGUCUUGCAAAAAGACGGUUUAUUUAUGCCACAUUUUUGAAUUCAAUGAAUUCAGGGCCUCGAUGAUAAUUCCCCAAAACAUGUCAAAACAAAUAAGAGGAACAAAUAUGUCAAUGGUUUUAGGGCCAGAAAACCCAGUCCUACAUGGUAUCACGUCGCUUAGGUUCUGUUCACCGCUGCCAAAUUAUUACUACCAUAAUUGUUAAUUGUUUUUUGAAUUAAUGCCAUUCUGUCCAAUGUGUUCCUAGAGAUAUAUUUAUUUAAUAAAAAUAUGUGUAAUGUAGGAAGAAAUAAGAUAAGGACCGAC